GAGGCAUUCACCAGGUUUGCUUUUGUGAUUAAACCAUUGUGAAGGGUGUAGUUCCUAGAUCUAUAGCUCUACAUUCACGCCGUUACUGAGCUCGUGAUGCGGUAUUGAGCCAAGUGUAGCCAUUUUGCUACAGACAGAUAUUAUCCCGAACGUUCAAAUAACAAUAUCAUUCGAGCUGCUGAUAAUUAGCUGAUAGGCAAAGCUACAUUUGGACUUUUGACAUUCGCAAGAAAUUAAGCCUCAAAGAUGUACCGAUUAGGCAUUAAGGACCUUCUGCAGCAAUUCAGUGAUGGCUCCUUGACAUGCGAGGCCUACACAAAACGAGUCAUCCAACGAGCCCAGGACCUGAAAGUCUUCAACUACUUCGUCUCCAUGAAUACGGAUCGGAUGCUGAAGGAUGCCCAGGAGGCAGAUGCCAGGUACAAGAACAAGACCAACAGGCUUCUUGAAGGCAUCCCGAUCGCCAUGAAGGAUAACAUCGACAUCGAAGGCGAGCCGACCGAAGCAGGUACCCCUGGUCUCGCCGGCCUGAAGCCCAAACACACGGCCGAGGUCGCUCGGAGGUUGUUCGAUGCCGGGGCCAUCCACGCCGGUCGAGCUAACAUGCACGAGCUGGCUUUCGGAGUAUCGACCUACAAUGGUCACACAGGGCCGUGCCACAACUUCCACAAUUUUGACUACACCUGCGGGGGAAGUAGCGGCGGCAGCGGAGGGGCGGUCUCUGCUGACAUCGUCCCGGCUGCUCUGGGUACCGACACUGGUGGGUCGAUCCGGAUACCCUCCUCGUACAACGGGGUCUUCGGUCUGCGACCGACCAGCGGUCGCUGGCCGGCUGAUUACGGCGCCAAAAUGUCUCAUGUGAGAGACUCAGUGGGUCCCCUUGUACGCAGCGCUGUGGAUAUCGCGAUCCUCGACGGCGUCAUGACUGGAGAACAACCCCACGAGGAACUGAAACCAGGGCAGAUCAGGAUCGGGGUGCCCCGACCUCAGUUCUGGGAAGGUCUAGACGCCGAAGUGGAGGAGUACGCAGAGCGGUUUUUGGUCAGGCUGAGGGAGAAGGGCUUUGGGAUUGUAGAGGUACCGGAGGUUCCCGGGUCGAGGGAGUUGCUGGAAAAAUACUUUAUGGUGACCAUCAACCAAGAGGUUAUACCUCGGCUGGAGGAGUAUCUGAGCUACCACGGCCACAACGUCACAGCGCAAAGCGUCAUCGACAAGAUCGCCUCCCCAGAUGUGAAGGGAUACUUUGGAUACGUACAGGAAAAUACCCCGACCGAAGAGGAAUACAAAAAGGCAAUGGCUGCCAGGGAAGAGGCCAGGAAGAAUCUGAAGACCUACUUCGAGGACCACCGCCUGGACUGCAUCCUGGUCCCGGCCAACAAGAUCCCGCCGCCUACCUUACGCGCCUUCGAAGAUCGAAACAACGAGCUCUUGGGGCUCAUCACGCAGAAUGACGACUUUGGCAACAUCUGCAACAACCCUUCGCUGGUUAUUCCCGGAGGGUUUGCGCGGCGUAGCGGUGUUCCCUUCGGCAUGCAGAUCGAGGGAUACACAGGCAGUGACAGGCGGGUGAUCGCCGUGGCGGUAGCUAUUGAGAAAGCGCUGAACUUGUAAACAUUCAAACAGCGAACUAUCACGUGCCGUGGACUCAAAAUUAAUGUCCGCAUAAACAUGUGUGAAAAUAUUUUUGAAAAUAGGGCCGGAAUGGUAGAGGCCGGUUUAUAUGUCAUGCGAAUGCGAAGCGAAUAGAGCCUGAUAGACCGGCAGCAUUUUGUCUAUGGGCUUCCAGACCCGCGCGAGGGCCCUCGCGCGACCCGCCUUUUGGCAUUUUAAUUUUUUUCUCUCCAUUGAUUUCAAUAUUGCAAAUCUAGUUAUUACAAUCUUUAGAAAGUACAUAGAUAACAAUCGCAAAUGAUAUACACAACAUUAAUUAAUAUAUUUAAGAACCAUAGGUUAUAAUAAUAUGGUGUUAUCAUUUUGAAUAUACUUAAUUAUAUACAUAUAUAAGUGUAAACAGCAGUAGGCAUAUUAAUUAAAUAAAUAUAUACAGAUUAAGUCAUAAAAUGUUGCCAAAAGUCUUUGUUUUUCUUUUGUAACUUUGCCCUAAAUAAUAGCUCUGUAAUGAACACAUAAAAAAUAUUGAUCCUUUUAUAUUCUAUACUCAUUUUGAUUCGUGCUUUAUGUAAUGAAAGCAUUGCUAUCGUAAUUAUUAAAUUAACCUCAGGU